AUGUUACUUUCAAAACAAUUACCCAAGGAAGACAUAUCUACCAUUGAAGUCCAUCAAGAUGGUGUAGAUGAUGUUUCGACAAAUGCAAAGUGAGCAAAUUUAUAAUACCUAUAAUAUAAUAUUCACGAAACGAAAAUUAAACAUUUAAGUAUUUCAACUAAAUUACAUUUUGUCACGUAUAUAGUGACAAGGAAUUUGGAAACUAUUUUAGUUUAGCAUCCUAUCGAUUUUUCGCCUUUUUUUUAAAAAAUGUGUUUUCGAAUAUGCAAUAAUAACAUAAAAAGGAGCAACUUCGUUCGGAAGUUAUAAGUGAAAAUCGGUAGAUUGAUAAAUUGGAAUUAUGGCCAAAUUUGAUUUAGGUAGUUUACCAUCUUCUAUGUGCACUGAAUGAUAAGAUUUUUGUUAAUUCCCUUACUGAUAUUCACAUGAUAUUUACUCUACAAUUAUAUUACGAAAAAUAAACACAAUGAAUAGUUAAACAUGUGUUAAACAUUGGCGGCUCGUCAGGGGAAACGUUGAGAUUGAGUUUCCCAAUAAAUAAACCACUUUAUUAGACAACUUAUAAAUAAUAAUUUAUUGAAAAUAGAAUUCAUAGAACAUUUUUUUUCUAAUUUCAAAAUAUCAUGUUUUGUGGCUCUUAAUCUAUAAAUAGUUGACAUUUCCUAUGGGUUAUAUUUACUAUUACGACCAUAGAUAAGACAAAUUAGUAGUUUAAAAAUUUACAAUAUAUAUGACUAUUAUUAGAUGAAUAAUAAAUAUUUAAUUUAAACGUUUCCUACACUGCAUAAAAAGCUGUUUAUCAACACAAAUUAUUAUUUUUAUUUAGAUCCUAUGUUAUUUGCUUUAUUGAAUUUUUUGGCAAUUAAUCAUACAUUACUAUUUUUCUAGUUUGCUACAUAAUAUCUUACAAUUCAAUUCCUUUUUGAGAAACUGAAUAUAACGGUUUUUGUUAUUUUCAAAUUUUAUUUUUAGUUUCAGUUAAAAAUAAUUGUAAAAAUCUGAAAUGUUUGCAGAAUAUAAUAUACUGUUUCUUUCUAUCCGCUGUUAAAUUUUCAAAACAUCCUGGUCUCUGGUAAUUUUUGAGUUUUCGCUAUUCGAAAUUAUUGUUUUUUUUUUUUUUUUUCAAUUUUUAUUUAGUCUUAUGUAGAUAUAAUUGGUUUGGCCUCUUAAACUUGUUUCAAAGUUUAUCAUAAGACAUACAUUGUUGCUGUGGUACCAGGCACGUAGCCAAGGGGGGCCUGGGUGGACUGGUGGACCGGGCCACUUUAAAUUUACUUUGGCCCAGGGUCGCCCCCCUCCAAGUACAAAAUAUAAUUAUUUUUAUAAAUUAUCAAAAAUGUGAUUAUGCACAUUGAAAUACAUUUACUACAUUACUACUACUAGGUAACACAAUUAUUAUUAUAAUAAUUAAUUUUUAUAUUCGUGGACAAUGUCAUUUGAAAAAGAUAAAUAAUAUGGUCUUGAUAAAAAUAUCUGUUUUAUAAACAAUAAUAGACUAGCGCUAUCUAAAGGCAGAACUAAAAACUGUACAAACAACUAUUAAAAAAUAUCAAAUUCAUUAUAAUUUUAAAGUGAACAACUUAAUGAAUCUAAUUGAACUACUUGAAAAGUAUAAGUUUGCAAUCAAUGAAACUUAGAGGCUAGCUGUUAUUAUAAUAACUAUUUAUUCCAGUAUUCAGUUCUGCAUUAAAAAAAACUUUUUUAUGUCUAAGAUGACUGAAAAAUUACACGAGGAAUCGAAUAACAAAUGAUUAUUUAAAUAAUUUGACUUCAAUAAGUAUAGAAAAAAAAAAUAAUUUCUUAGAACUUAGAUUUAGAUAUUUUUUUUUAUAAUUGUUUUCAGAACAUCACAAAAACAGAAAAAUUAUUUUAUAUUGAAUUGUUUAAUAUGAAUAUAAGUACUUAUGCUAGGUACUGUAUUAUUAAUAUUUUCUACUUGUAUGACAUGUAAUUUUUUUAAAAAAUUUGAGUUAGUUUAAAAAUUAUAGUUAAUUUAAAAAUUAUCAAUAUUAUUUUUGAUUAAUAUUCAGGUAUAAAUUAAUUUUUGUUAAUAGAAAUUGAGAAAUUUAAUCAGCUCAUAUUCUAAAUAUGUAGGUAGAUUUAUUUUUUAUGGAAUGAUAAAUGUAUCCUUUAAAUGAAGAUAUAGAUAAUUCUGUAUUUUUUUUUCUUACUCUAAUGGGUAUACUUGUUGUAAAAACAUUUUUUUUUAACUAAUUUCCAAAGUAAAUUAUUAAUUAAUAAGAUUCUUUGUAUGGCAUACCACAUAAGUGAGUGAGGGAGAAGCCGCCCACAAGUAUUUCAUUAGGAAAAAUUAUGGUAAAUGAUGGCCAAAAAUUAUUGGCCCCCUAAUAGAAAUUUUCUGUCUAUGUGCCUGUGUGGUACAAUAAAAAUAUUGAAAAAUACUAGUUUUUCAAUAUAUAUGUGUUAACGUUCAAAGUUUUGAUAAAAACUGUAAAAACCACGGUAUUUUAUGUACUAUUUUCUGAUUAAAUUAAAUUUUUUAUUUUUUGAAAAUUUAUGAAACAAACUGUUCUAAAAUUUAACAUUUAUAUUAUUUUUUGUCACCCUAAUUUUUGGGAGUGAAACGACUACCUUCUUUGAUUUUUAAAUGGCAACCUAUAAAAAAUUCCAUAAAUAGAUGGAUUAUUAGUUAUGAUACAUUUUGGAACUAAAAUAUUUGGUUUUCAUCAACUUGUUGAUGAGAUAUUUCACUUUCAAGUUAUGGUAGGCAGAGAACAGUGUGUGGCGUGCAGUCAUAGGCAUUCCGUGGAAUUUUUAUUAUAGAUUGCCAUUUAAAAAUUAAAGUAAGUAGUCGUUUCACUACCGAAAAUUAAUGUUAAUGUUAGAUUUUAUAGUAGUUUGUUUCCUAAAUUUUCAUAAAAAAAAAAUAGAAAAUUAUAUAAUAGAUUUGUGUACAUAAUAUACAUAACAAAUAGUGUAUUAUUUAAUCAUUUUAGGCCAUAUAAGAAUCAGGAAUAGAUAAUUUGUGUAAUCAUUUUUAUAAAAUGAAUCAAAAAAUCUCUAAACGUCAUAGUGUCCAGUUACUAUGAAUCUACUCAUGCAUGUUCCAAAAGUGGAUACCGAAUCGUAAUUAUUAUUAAUGUUAUUGAAUACCUACCGUGCUAUUCAAUAAUCGCAGUUUAAUCAAUUGUAUCUUAGAUAUAAAAAGCAAGAUCCGCCUGUCUAUUGUCUGUAAUAAUUUUUUUCUUAUAUUUAGAAUGUAAAUUGUGGCGGUUAAGUUGUAACUGAAAUUUAAAUAGCACAAUUUAAAGAGAUUAUUUCAAGAAAUACGUUUUUUACAAAAAUGUUACAACCAUGUUAGUUUUAAAUUUUUCAAAUAACUUUAAUCUCUUAUAUUAUGUUAUUUGUAAUUAAACUCUAAACUUUAGAUAAGGGGAUAGGACAUCCUCUUAAAUAAAAAAUUGUAGAUGUACCCAAAUAUUUAUAAUUUAUUUCACAAUGAUUACGAUUGCAAUGUAGCUUAAUAUCAGGAGCGGCUCUAGGACAAGAUAAAAGGGGUAGGGACUAUUUUAAAAACACAUAUAAGGUACGCAUUUAUGACGAGAUCAAUGAUAAAUUAUCAAUGAUGAUUACCAACUGUAGUGGGGACAUUCAUUUUUUAAGUUAAAUUUAAGUAAAGAAUAGCUUAGAAGUACCAUGAGCUAGAAACAGUUGAACUCCUUAUCUUUAUUGAGUAUUGAAUGAAUAUGAACUACUAUCAAGUUUAGAUUUUGAAAAUAUUAUAGAUGAGUUUACAAAUGAUAGAGCUAGAAAGAAACCAUUAAAAAAUAUUUAAUAACUGUCAAAUUUAUAUCAAUCCUGUUUUUUUAUGACAAUUAUUUUAGUUUUUGUUUAAUGAAUUACAUUUAUUUUUUACUAUACAACAUAUUAAUUUAUGUAUUUUUUAAUCUUAUUAUAACAAACAGAAAUUCAAACAAAAAUGCACUUUUUAAUGAAAAAUAUAUUAUUUAAUAAAUAGAUAAUUAUAAUACAUUAUCUAUUAAAAAAUGAAUACAUCAUAAUUAAGUAUUUUGAGGCUUCCGAAAUAUGUUGGGCUCAGGGUCCCAUAAAACCUUAAGAUGGCCCUGCCCAUCAUGGUUUUUGCAUAAUACCUAUUACAAUAGUUGAUUUAUUUAUUAUAUGUUUCAGAUGUAACCCCAAUGUAGUAGAAAAAAAUUUAGUACAACAAGAAACAGAUCGCAUUGAUGAUGUUGGAUAUUACAGUUCAAUUAGUAUUGAAGAUAAUCCCUUAAAAUUAAUUUUACGUAAAGAACAACGUUUUACAUGUGACACUUGUGGUAAGACAUUCUUUCAAAAAUCUCAUUUACACAUACAUGCAAGAAUUCAUAGUAAGGAGAAAUCAAUUUUACAUGAAGAACAAUUUUUUACAUGCAACACUUGCGGUAAGACAUUUUCUCAAAAAUCGCAUUUACAGACACACACAAGAAUUCAUAAUAUGGAGAAAUUAAUUUUACCUGAAGAGCGAUGUUUUACAUGUGACAUUUGCGGUAAGAAAUUCUCUCAAAAAUCCUAUUUGUACAGACAUACAAGAACUCAUAGCAAGGAGAAAUCUCGAGAGAAAUUAAUUGUACGUGAAAAACAGUGUUUUACAUGUGACACUUGUGGUAAGACAUUUUCUCAAAAAUCAUAUUUAUACAGACAUAAAAAAAUUCAUAAUGAGGAGAAAUUAAUUCUCCACGAAGAACAAUAUUUUACAUGUGACAUUUGCGACAAGAAAUUCUCUCAAAAAUCUGACUUGCACAGACAUAUAAGAAUCCAUAAUAAGGGGAUAUUAAUUUUACGUGAAGAACAGUGUUUUCCAUGUAACACUUGCAGUAAGAAAUACUCUCACAAAUCUGAUUUGCGCAGACAUACAAGAAUUCAUAAGAAGAAAUUAAUUUUACAUGAAAAACGGUGUUUUACAUGUAACACUUGUGGUAAGACUUUCUCUCAAAAAUCCCAUUUAUACACACAUACAAAAAUUCAUAACAAGGAUAAAUUAACUUUAGAUGAAGAACAGUGUUUUAUAUGUGACACUUGUGGUAAGACUUUUUCUCAAAAAUCCCAUUUACUCAGACAUACACAAAUUCACAGCAAGGAAAAACCAUAUUGUUGUAAUAUUUGUAAAAAUACAUUUUCUGACUCAUCAAAUUUAACUAUUCAUAUAAAAACUCAUAACGGUGAAAAAUCUUUCCAAUGUGAGGUUUGUGGUAAGACAUUUUCACGGAGAGAACAUUUAAACAGCCAUAAAAGAAACAGUCAUAACGAGGGAAAUCCUAUCAAAUGCGAUUUUUGUGAAAAGAAAUUUUCUAGAAUAGAUAAAUUGAAUGCUCAUAAAAGAAUUCAUAGUGAGGCAAACCCUUACAAAUGUGAAGUAUGUGGAAAAACUUUUGCCCAAAACUUUAACUUAAAGCUCCAUAAAAAAAUUCAUAGUGGUGAUAAACUUCAUAAAUGUGAUAUUUGCGAUAAGGAAUUUGUUCAAUUAUCAAAUUUAAACAGACAUUCAAGAAUUCAUAGUGGAUUCAAGCCGUAUUCCUGUGAAGUAUGUUUUAAAAAAUUCACUUUAUCUCAACAUUUACAAAGACAUAUGGAAUUUCAUGCUAAGAAUUUAGGUAAAACCCAGUGGAUAAUCAUCGAUUCAGUUGCUAAUAUUGUUAACAAAAUGUAA